GACGGGUAAGGUGGCGAAUCAGAAGCGGGGUUACUCUCAUAAGGCCUCCUGCUGGUUGGCAUAGCCUAUCUCAGCCCCAGCUGCCUUGUUGCCUUCUUUAUGAUUCGCGAAUCAUCUCUGUUCUUUUCAGCCAUACAAAUCUAUUCUACCAAUAGUAUGCGUCUGAACACCCAUUCUUCUACCAAUGGCAUGCGUUUGAACACACAUGAGUUAUACGUUCCAAACAUCAUGUCGUUGGUCAUCGCAAUUCUUCUACUAAGCGUGGCUUCCAUCGAAGCCUCGCCAAUCCUACCUGUUCACAAUGAACAAUUAGGAUACGAUCGUGUACCUACGGACUCGAAUCAACAGCAACUUGGAUGGUCGCGACAAGAUAUCUUCACACUGGUCAGCGUCUGCGUAGCCAUAGUUGGCAUCUUUAUUGGUGCCUUAGGCGCAUCGCCCACAUUACGCGUGUGGCUAUGCAAGCCUUCCAGAUGUAAGGCAAUCCCGUCUUGCGCACCAUUUCGAGAUUUGAGCAAUAUUGACCCCCAAACCUAGAUUGCGCGAUCGCAGUACGGCGCAGGAAGUCAAGAAGAGAAGACAAUGUUAGACGGCAAUUGCAAGAAGAAUACGACGAGUACCUUAGCUUU